AGAUCGUGUGAUCAUCCUUCUCAGUAGUGUUCAUAUUACAGCCUUAGGGUGUAACAUACACAAGUCUGUCUUUGUAACAUGUUAGCAGAUGGAGCUAUUAACGUUCGGGAUAAUGAUUUACGACGGAAAUAGCCUUCAUUUGAUUUCUCAAGCUAGGCGUAAGAAAACCUGAAAGACAAAUCCCUUUUUAAGAGAAAAGGAACGUUUCUAAUUCGGUGUAAGAAAGAACAGAAGGUAAUAAAUCAGGAAUUUCGCCCCCACCCCGAGCUGGUUGUGGAAAAUAUUCCAGGCUGGUGUGAGAUUGGUUGCAGAAGGCUGACAGAAAAAGUGCAGAUAUGACCGGCCCGGAAUGAAACCCUUUCUCAUGUACUGCACACAUGAAAGCUCUGGCACACGAAGCUAGACAGGAGAUGGCAUGUUAGGGAGUGGAACAUACCAUUGGUGCAACCAGAAGAGGGGAGCACAUCAGCAGGAGCUCGGAAAAUGCACCAAUGAGUUCGCCCGGCACAAAUGUAUGCGGGACUCCGAGCAGGGGAAAGGAGGAGAAACCAUACGAUACGACCAGCCUCCGUGUCUAUCCGAAAAGUGUUUUAAAACACACGCGAGCAGCAGCUUCCCCCCGGUUCUCUCUAACAUAUGUCUAAACACACCCGUGUACUGCAUGCGUUCGGUUCCCGCUGGACUAUCAGAGAUGUGGCAGUGAAGUUUGCAGCAGCUCCAGUAACAGUUCCUUACUUGAGUGACCGAAUACCGAGAGUGCCAGGGAGCUGCAGUGAGUGUUAUGACACAUCCAGAGCUGUUCUGCCUCUUGCAAGUGCGUGAUGAAGAGGAUUUGCGUGUUACUGUAGUGCACUACAGCCCAAUGCUCUGACUUGUAAUUUGAAAGAACCCUGGGGUGCCUGGGAAAAACCUCUUACAGCUGACUUGGCGUGAUGAGCAAGUUCACGUUUCAGAACAACAAAGUGAUGCAGGACCGCCGCAGUGUUUGUGUCUUCCUUCCAAAUGAUGAAGCUCUCAACAUUAUUGUGAAUGUUAAAGCCUUGUGCCAAGAAUUAUUCGUUCAAGUCUGCGACCUUCUAAGGCUGAAAGACUGUCAUCUGUUUGGACUUAGUGUCAUACAAAACAAUGAACAUGUUUAUAUGGAACUGAUGCAGAAGCUCUGCAAGUACUGUCCAAAAGAAUGGAAGAAGGAAGUAAGCAAAGGCAUUGACCAGUUUGGUCCCCCUAUGAUUGUUCAUUUCAGGGUACAAUACUACGUGGAGAAUGGGCGAUUAAUCGGUGAUAGAGCAGCUAGAUACUAUUACUACUGGCACUUGCGGAAACAAGUUCUCCAAUCCCAGUGCAUGUUACAUGAGGAAGCCUACUUUCUACUUGCUGCCUAUGCUUUACAAGCAGACCUUGGCAACUACAAAAGGCACAAACACUAUGGGAAAUACUUUGAGCCAGAAGCUUACUUUCCUCCUUGGGUGGUUACCAAGCGAGGAAAGGAAUACAUUUUGAAACACAUUCCAAACAUGCACAAGGACCAGUACGCACUUACAGCCUCCGAAGCACAUCUCAAAUACAUCAAGGAGGCUGUCCAGUUAGAUGAUGUAGCCGUUCAUUAUUACAGGCUUUAUAAGGAUAAAAGAGAAAUUGAUGCUUCACUGAUGUUGGGCUUGACUCUUCAAGGACUUCAGAUAUUUCAGGUUGUGGGAGAAUCUAAGCAAUUGUUGUAUGAUUUUCCUUGGACCAAUGUUGGCAAGCUUGUGUUUGUGGGAAAGAAGUUUGAGAUUCUGCCAGAUGGCCUCCCUUCAGCUAGAAAACUUAUUUACUAUACUGGCUGUCCUAUGCGCUCAAGGCACCUACUCCAGCUACUCAGUAACAGCCAUCGUCUCUAUAUGAACCUGCAGCCAGUCCUGCGACAAGUCAGGAAACUGGAAGAGAAUGAAGAAAAAAAGCAGUACAGAGAAUCAUAUAUCAGCGACACAAUGGAAUUGGAUAUUGAGCAACUAGAGAAGCGAUCCCGAGCCAGCGGCAGCAGUGCAGGCAGCAUGAAGCAUAAACGCCUUUCCAGGCAUUCCACAGCUAGCCAUAGCAGCUCUCACACUUCGGGCAUUGAGGCAGACACCAAACAACGGGACCUUGGACCAGAGGACAGUUUCACUGGAAACAUCCUUCAUAGGAAACUCAAAUCCUGCAACUCAAUGACCAGCCACGGGAGCUCUCACACCUCAGGCAUUGAGAGCGGUGGGAAAGACAGAAUAGAGGAUGACUCACAGGAUGAUGAAAUAGAAAUGCUGGUUGAUGAUCCCAAGGACUUGGAGCACGUGCAUGAACUGGCCCCAGAGAUCAGUCCCGAUAUGUGUAUUCAUAUUACUGAGGAGAUGCUGAUGUCAAGGCAGCUGAAUGGACAUGCGGGUCUGAUUGUACGGGAGCUGAGUUCUUCUACUUCCAGUUCUUCUGAAACAGUGGUGAGACUUUAUGGCCAAAGUGUGGAUUCGUUACCACAGCCUGUAUGCAGAAAACCAAAGACCUCCACUGACCGGCAUAGCCAAAGCUUGGAUGACAUUCGUCUUUAUCAGAAGGACUUUAUGGACGUAGCCACCCUUUGCCAAGAUGCUGCUCAGAGUUACACGUUUGGCUGUGCUCAUAAUCUGAAUGAGGAACGUAAUUGCUGUAACCGGUGCUUGGCAGAGCAGUACAAUGCAACAAAGGAAACUUUCAUUGUCAAACGAACAAGUAAAUAUUCAUCUUUGGACCUUACAGCUGAUGAUUCUGUUCCUGAAUUUGUGGUUUGAACAUUUUUACUAUGCAUUAGUGAUGUGUGCUGUAAGUCUGGCUGCCUACUGCAUUCCAAUGACCUUCCAAAUCGACUGCCUACACUUCACUGUUGAGCUGAAAGACAUUUUGUUUCAGUCACCCAAGGAACUGUUAGUUUAUAUUCUGCAGUUCUUCCAUGUUUCUGAACAAAAACAACUUAGAUAGCAAUGGAUGCCAAGAAGCCAAAGAAAUAUGUUAAGCAGGAGUCUAAAACAAUGAUAAGAAGAUGUAUAUUUUUGAGAGUCAAAGAACGUUCAGUCACAGCAAGACAGUCAGAAUUCUUUGCACAUUGACUCUUCUGUGGAAAAUUAAAUCCAUGGUGUUUGGAGUAUUACAAUUCAGUAUUACACAAACAAAGUUCUUUCCAAACAAAACUUGUCUUUUUUUUUAAUCAAGCAAAUGUUAUGUAGUAAAACAUUAGGGUUUCUAACACUUGUGUGUUAGUGGCACCAUUAUUAAUGUUGUUGAUCAACUUCUUGAAAAUGUUUCAGUUAAGGAUGUAGUCUUGACCUUGGUACUGUGAACCUUGCAGUGUUGUGGCAGUUCCAUUUUAUUCCUGUACCUUUUUAGGUGCCUUUGUUUUACUUGUUGUCAGAUGUAUAUGAGUGCAGUGACAAUCAGAAUCUUUCCUCAACUUGCACACUUUCAUCCCCACCCAUAAGACACAAAAAAGAAAAUUACUAUCUGGAGGGAAAUGAUUUGUCUCCUGCAUAGGCAAGUAAUUAUAUGGGGGAUUGCAUCUAAAUUUGUUUUAGGUGAGGGGUGGGAUUGUUGGCCUAUUUGAAUGUUCUUGCAUUUAACUGGUAAAUUCCAUUGAUUUUGAAGAUGGGUGAAGGCUUUCUGUAUAUACCAGCAGAUGACUGCAAGUGUGUGAGUUGAGAAAUAGAGCCAGUUAUAGUUUGCUGGUAGGUCAAUGAAAGUAUACACAAGUGGAUAGCCUACUUGGCCUCUGAGUUCCAGUGUACCAAGGCACAUAUUCAAGUAAAGUACUUUUGAAUACAGAACAUUUGUAUUCAAAGACAUGCUAUUUGUUUAUAUGCCGUUACUCAAGACAUAUGAUUCUAAAUUCAUAUUUCUGUUUAAUUUGCUGUCAGAUUGGUUUGAAAACUACAAUUUGCAUUGAUUUUCAAUUUAAAUUCCAGCGUUGUACUUUAAAUAUGAUGCAACAUAUAAGUCGAGCAAUUUUUUUUUUCCAAGCAUCAUCGUCAACAAUGAUAAUGUCCCACAUACGUGAGAGGGUUCCCAGCUGCAGGACAACGGUUGUAAUAAUAUAUCAUUUAACAGCCAUUGGUAUCCAUCAAGCUUUACUUGCAGUAUGAGUACAAUAGAUGACAAGGGAAUUAAUAGAUUACAUUAUAGGAAUUUCAUUUUUAAUUUCAUUAAGACAGUAACAUUUACAUUGUGGCUGACACACAAAUUAGCUUCGAGGUGAACCAGCUUUGUUGUUAAAUGGAUAAUUUUUCAAGCUGAUACAUAGUACUUUACAAUACAUUAUAGAUGGCAAUAUUUUAACAUUUAGCAGCAUUUUUGCAACUGGAAGUUUCUUAAAAUAUUUUUUGAUAUGGAACAUGUUUCUAUGGUAUUUUUAUAUAACUGAUAUUUUUACAUGAAAUUAUAUUAAUCAAGUAGUUGUCAAGAGCAGUGCAAUUUUUAACAGUAUUAUGGCAGUUAGCAGUACUGGAAGCAGUAUUAUAAACUGAUAAUGUCAUUAGGUUGAUAUUUGUAAAUAUAUUUGUGUUUGGGUAAGUAAGUGGAUUGGCCUUGUGAAAACUUUGGAUUACUCUGUCCCUUCCCCACAGAAGCAUUUUAAUGAAGGUUACUUCAUAAAGGAUCAUGACACAGUUUUACUGUGAUUUAGUAAUAAUGAUUCACCAUUUUCAGUCACGUAUCACAGAAGGCACUAAUUACAGUAUGUUGGGUUCACUAACAAGGUAGGCAUAGUUUAAGGUUUUCAUCAGGCUCUGUAGAUGUUUUAAUUCUGUGCUACCUUAAACCUCCUUCUGAUGAGAUUAUUAAGGUAACGAUUGAAUAAUAACAAACUUGUUUCAUUAUAUUCAUAGAAUGUGGGCAGUACUGGCUAGGCCAGUAUUUAUUGACCCUGUCUCUAAUGGUCCUGGAGAAGGUAGGAAUUAACAAUAAGCAUUAUUUUAAAAUAUUAUAUUACAUUCUUUUGGGUAUCCACUUUAGAUUCAAUCUGUAGCUGCAGUCUGAAAAUGCAAUUAUUAAAUUCUCCAAAAUAGUUUACUUAUUGCUGAAGAAUAUUAUGGCAUUUUAGCCACAUUAGCAGAAAUCCUUUGUUAAUUAACCACAUCCUUUUAAAUGGAGGCUUAAAGAAAUCCACAUCAGAUUUUUGAAAUAGCGUAAUUCCAUAUUGCAGUUAUAUGAGGGAUACAAAAGAGGCUGGUUAUCCUCAGGUUAAGCUUGUAAUAAAAAUCAACAUGGCACAGACUUCGUCCCACAUUAUACUAAUAAGAGCAGCAGGUUUACCACAUUGAAAUCCCAUCUGCUCCAUGAUGAUGGGGCAAAGGAGAGCAAAACUGGAUGACCGGUGAUGCAGUUAUUUGCAUAAAUAUGGAGAUCAAUAAAAUCUGUGUUUCCAAAGAUCAAGUCUAUCAAUUAGUCUUUCACAUGCAUGUUUGUGACAGUGGGUUCAUGUGUCCACAGAAUCCCAUUAAUGCUAAAUUUUCCUAUCAACAAUGUCCCAGAAUCAAACAACAAUUUCAUGACAACGGGUUGUCAUUAGCUAAUGCUUGUAGUAAAUCAUCAGUAGAAACCAAUUAUUACACUAUUUAGUGUGAAUAUUUUUUAAAGGCAUGAAUGAUUUAUAUUGUAUGCACAGUUCCAUUUAGCAGAGCUAUGAGAAUUAGAAAAGCACAGAAGAAACUGAUUAUAAGUCAAUUCACUUGUGUUUGACAUACCACUCAUGCCAUUGAUCAUUUGUGCAGAAGUAAAAUAAACAUCACUGUUGACAGUUUAUGAAAACUCUAUACUAACUGGCAAUUUUCAGUUGGUCAUAACUUCUGACACCUUAACAUGCUUUUUAUAUUCAGCAAUGUUAGGAGCUUUUAAGAAUGUUCUUUCGGGAUCUAUGUUUCCAGAAUUAUCAGGGCCGACGCAGUGGCACACUAUUUCGAAAGCUGAUAAUGAUACGCUAGUUUACAGUGUUUGCUCUAAUUGCCCUUAUGCAUGUGAUUAUUGGACAUGUGCAAAAUACCAAUAAUCUGUCCAUCAGAAACAAGGAAUUUCUGUCUUAAUGUUUGUUAUUGAAGAAUCAAUCUACCAUAUUGUAAAAUGUUUAAACAUUUUAAUUCUCAAUUAACCAAUCAGAAAAAGAAAAUAACAAUCAAUGCAUUUGGUUUUAAAUGAGGAUUCUUAUGAUUAUAAAGGGGGCUCACCUUUGACUGGAAUAAUGAUCUUCCAUAGCUAAUUAAAUUUUGAAUGCAUUGCUGUAACUAGGUAGACAUUUAAAAGAGACUGUGGUACAAGGGUCCCUGGGUACGUCAUCUUUAAAUUUCUUAGUACUUUUUGAAAUUUAACAGAGAUGGACAUUAUGGCCAAGCGCUGCUUUGUCUUGAAAAUUUUUGAUGUAUCCAGGCUUGAUAUUUUGCUCAUACUUUUUAUUGGCUUCAUAGAACCUGGGCUUUACACCAUCCUAAUGUCCAGCAACAUCUGGAACCAUACUGAAAUAUCGCAUUGGUUAUUUAUUCCAAAAUAGGUUUUACACAUUCAUUUAAAAAGGCCAAUUUUUCAGCAGCAUAGUAAAAAUUGUUAUCUUCCAUAUUCUUUAAUGUAAUAAUUGCACAAACUGUAAAAUCCUUUCUGUGAAAGGUGCUCCUGUCAAAAUAUGUAAAGUAAGAUAACAUUGUGCAACCUGCAAUUGAAUUACUUUGGUAGAAUGAAGUCCAAUGUGUACCUUCAAGGUACAAAUGCCAAAAUAUAAUAAAAGCAACUUUGUUUAAAUGUA